GGUGGGAGUGUGGAGGGGAAGCGCUUGGCCGCGGUAACAGCUGCGAACUCCUAAAAAUGCACGGUGGGGUUCGGACCGGCAGUUUGGGACUUGGGGCUUAACUUUGGGACGUGAAGAGACCCCACCUCCCAGCAAACAAAAUCCUCACCCAACCGUGCCGUCGCGAAAACACUUUGGGCGGAUAAUAAAAUUUGUAUGAUUGCUACACCCGCAGCAUCUGUGACAAGGCUUCAGAGUAGUUAUUUCCAAAGGCGUGUUGUGACAGGAUAACAGAAAUGGCUUCAAACUGAGGUUUAGAUUGGAUAUUAGAAGAAAUUCUUCCCUGUGAGGGUGGCAAGGCCCUGGCACAGGAAAGCUGUGGCUGCCUCAUCCCUGGAAGUGUCCAAGGCCGGGUUGGAUGGUUGCUCUGAGCAACCUGGGAUAGUGGAAAGUGUCCCUGCCAGUGACGGGAGUUUGGAAAGAGAUGACCUCUAAGGUCCACCUGGGAGAAGGCUGGCAUUGUACCCAGUUGUCAGAGAUAAGAAAGAUGGGCACAGACUGACUGGCACAAAUUGCAUUUAUUCUCCAACCCCUGGGCUGGGAGGCGGGAUGCUGUCUCUGAUUUGGCUUGUUGGGAACACUACACUCUGGCGUUUCCCUGCUCAGAUCGGGGCUGGAGUGGAACACUGCUAUGGCCUUCAGCUGGGAUCAGAGCGACUGCUGCACAGCAAAAGCUGCCUAGGCCGUGGCAGAAUCACUUAGGUAGGAAAAGACUUCUGAGAUCAUCAAGUUCAGCCUGUGACUGAACACCGCCGUGCCAAGCAGACCAUGGCACUGAGUGCCAAGUCCAGUCUUUCCUUAAACACCCCGAGGGCCGGUGACUCCAGCGCCGCCCCGGGCAGCCGUGCCGAGGCCGGCCCACCCCCGCUGCGGGCGGGUUCUCCCCGCCUUCCCCCAACCGUUCCUCCCGGCCGCCAGGCGGCGCGCGCGCCCCGCGGGUCCGCGCCUCAGGGGCGGCGGCGGCGACUGAGGCGCGGCCAUGGCGGACCGGCUGACACAGCUGCAGGACGCCGUCAACUCGCUCGCGGACCAGUUCUGUAACGCCAUCGGGGUGCUGCAGCAGUGCGGCCCGCCGGCGUCCUUCAGCAACAUCCAGACGGCCAUAAACAAGGAUCAGCCCGUGAACCCCACGGAAGAGUAUGCCCAGCUGUUCGCAGCUCUGAUUGCUCGCACUGCCAAGGAUAUCGAUGUCCUCAUAGAUUCCCUGCCCAGUGAAGAAUCCACAGCAGCUUUGCAGGCAGAAAUCUCUGGGCAUGAUCCCGGUUUUGCUUUGAAGGCUGCGAGCCUGCACCGGCUGGAGGAGGAGAACCACGAGGCGGCGGCGCGGCUGGAGGAGGUGGUGUACCGCGGGGAUGUGCUGCUCGAGAAGAUCCAGAGCGCCCUGGCCGACAUCGCUCAGUCCCAGCUGAAGACGCGGAGCGGCACCCACAGCCAGCCCCUGCCCGACUCGUAGCGCCAGGGGGCAGCACGGCCCUGCCCGAGAGCCUCGGGAACGCCUCCGGAUACACCGGGAAUGGCUGGGCUGGCCCGGCCCUCCCGCGGGGCUGCCCGCGCUCUGCUCCGCGUCGGGAGCGGCGGCUUGGGCACCGCUCGUUUUGUGUGAGAAACGCUUCUACAGGGGCUCUGUUACGGAUCGGCGUGGAUUGAUGUUUCUUUGACUUAAAACGAGCUUUCUGUUCACAAAUACGACUUCAAUCGAAUUUGUUACCUAUUAUAAGUAUUUGUAUAAGUUAAUCCCACUAUGGUUGUGGUAUGGUUUUUUUUGUAAGCCUCAGACACGUAGGAGUUGGCCAGAGUCCCCUGGAGACAGUGCUGUGAAUGCAGUGAUGGUCAUGUCUUAAUUAACAGCACUGGUAAUGUUGAUUGGCUGCUUUACCACCCUUUACAGAGCAUAUGAAAGGAUAAGUGAACUCUGAUGUUUACAGGGUGAUUGUUCUUGUCAUUGGCAUCGCAUUUACAAAGAAAUAAACCUGCAGGUGUCUGAUAUUGA